CCUCUUAUUCCUUGCGCAUUCAACGUUCUUUACUAUUUAUUAACGUUCCAACCAGAACGUGCAUUUUCUUCUGAAGCGUAAACCACGUUUCGUGUCGUAAGACUUAAAGAAUGCGUUACGUGGCCGCUUAUCUCCUAGCUGUGCUAGGUGGCAAACCCUCAGCCACUCAAAAUGACAUUGAAAAAAUUUUAUCAUCUGUUGGAAUUGAAGCAGAUGCUGAAAAACUUAAGAAAGUUAUAUCAGAACUGAAUGGAAAAUCAAUUGAUGAACUUAUUGCACAAGGGCGUGAGAAAUUAUCAUCUAUGCCAGUUGGUGGUGCUGCAGCUGCUAGUGCUCCAGCAGCCGCAGCUGCUGCUGCUCCAGCUGAAGAAAAGAAAGAAGAGAAAAAGCCAGCUAAGGAAGAAUCUGAAUCUGAAGAUGAUGACAUGGGCUUUGGUCUUUUUGAUUAAACUAAUCAACAACAAUGACUGUAUGACUAUUUGUAAAUCAUGUAUUAUUCAGUUCUGACAAAAUAAAUUUGUAUUUUUAAUUUA